CUGCGCUACCCCCUCCCCCCGGUGCAUGCAAACUGCACCGGCCGUAGCGGUGCUCCCCGAUUCCCCUCUGGCGAUCCGUAGGAUGCUGCCCUUUGACCCGCCGCGGCGGGGUGAGAGGUCGGGCGGCCAUCUUGUGGCGGCGGCGGUUUGUUGUCGGUGAGGCGGUGUCGCGCCCUCCCCCGCGGGCGGAGCAGGCCGUGGCGCCGGCCCGGCGCCAUGUCCUCCUUCUCGGAGUCGGCGCUGGAGAAGAAGCUGUCGGAGCUGAGCAACUCCCAGCAGAGCGUGCAGACCCUUUCGCUGUGGCUCAUCCACCACCGCAAGCACGCAGGGCCCAUCGUCUCCGUGUGGCACCGGGAGCUCCGCAAAGCAAAAUCGAGUAGGAAGCUUACUUUCCUAUAUUUAGCAAAUGAUGUCAUCCAGAACAGUAAGAGGAAAGGUCCUGAAUUUACUAGGGAAUUUGAAUCUGUUCUUGUGGAUGCUUUUUCUCAUGUUGCCAGAGAAGCAGAUGAGGGCUGCAAAAAGCCCUUGGAACGAUUGCUUAAUAUCUGGCAAGAAAGGAGUGUGUAUGGCAGUGAGUUUAUACAACAAUUGAAACUUUCUAUGGAAGACUCCAAUAGCCCCCAAACUAAAGUUGCAGAGGAGAAGAAGUCUUUAAAGCGGACUUUUCAGCAAAUACAGGAGGAGGAAGAUGAUGAUUACCCUGGGAGCUACUCACCCCAAGACUCUAGUGCUGGGCCGCUUCUGACUGAGGAUUUGAUCAAAGCCUUGCAAGACUUAGAAAAUGCAGCAUCAGGAGAUGCAACAGUGCGGCAAAAAAUUGCCUCCCUGCCUCAGGAAGUUCAGGAUGUAUCAUUACUGGAGAAAAUUACAGACAAAGAGGCAGCAGAACGUCUUUCGAAGACUGUGGAUGAAGCAUGUCUGUUACUAGCAGAGUACAAUGGACGGCUGGCAGCAGAGCUGGAAGACCGGCGCCAGCUGGCACGCAUGCUGAUCGAGUACACGCAGAAUCAAAAGGAUGUAUUGACAGAAAAAGAGAAAAAGCUAGAAGAAUAUAAACAGAAGCUUGCUCGGGUAACCCAGGUCCGCAAGGAGCUGAAGUCGCACAUCCAGAGCCUUCCGGAUCUGUCGCUGCUGCCCAAUGUUACAGGAGGUCUGGCACCUCUGCCGUCUGCUGGUGACCUGUUUUCAACAGACUAGAACAAAUGCUGUCCCCCAGUUUCCAUUUUUACCAGCAGAAGUAAGAAGACUGGUGUUGACUGGAAAUCCAGUCUUCCAAGAUCUCCCGUAGGAAGGAACUUGCAGACCCCGCUUUCAACCUCUUGGCUGCUCACGCUCACCCUCUCUCUGUGUACAUUGGCUCAUGCUGAGGGGAGGAUAAAGAGUGAGUUUUUGUGAGCUCUAAAGGGAGUGGGGGUAGUCCAUAUAGGCAAACUUAGUUCUCACAUUUUUCCUGUACUCUUUAGUUUCUGUUUGCUCUUAGCACUUGUUACCCCCACAAAAGUCAUGCGAAUCAUGUACAUAUAUACCUGGAAAGUUUUCAAAGAAAGGUUGACCAUAUAACAUUUUUCUCUGUAAAAGUGUGUAUUAUUUCUGAAUCAGUCUCGUCUGUUUUAGUUGGGUUUCUGAACCUCAUAUCUGAGAACAGUAGAGAGGCUAGUGGGCUUCCUAGGGAUGUGUAUGUGUGCAGAUACUGUGCCAUGCCAGUGUAAGGAGAAGGUAUCUAUUGAGCAAUGGUACAGAGAAAUAUUUUCUUAAAUCUACAGUUCCUCAUACUGUUGUAGGGCUGAUAUGAAGGUAGUUCCUAUUUGGCAUGUACAUAAAUCGAGACUCACCACAGGCAAUAAAAAUAAACAGCUUUUCUUUGUGAAUUAGAGGUAGUUUCAUAAUUUACGCUCUGCUGAGCAAUGCAGAACUGGAUAUUACUUAAACAAGAGUGGAAGUAAAUUUUGUUCUAGCUACCGUAGAUUUAUACCACAUUUUUCCUCUCCAUUAUACAAAAGUAGAUGGUCACAGAAGCUUUGCUUUAACUAGCUGAGAGGUUGGAAUGGUGGAUUGCAACUGGUGAUAUCCCAGUGACAGGUACUGUCUGAUUUACUCUGAGGAAGAUUACAUUGAAAAUACUAUUCUAUAAAUUCUCUCUCUAGCUUUAGUGAAGCUAUUUGGUGGGCAGAAGUUAAAUGUGGUAUAAAUUUUUAUUUAUAUAGAAUAUAGACCCGUAUGUGUGCACAUAUCCUGUAUGUACAUGUGCCAUGACCAUGCAUGUAGAUAUUAGAAGGAUGUACUUAAUUUUGUGUCACAGAUUAAUGUGAGUUGAUUUUAUUAUUGGGAAAAGUCAAAAAACAAAUUUAAAAUACUCUUUAAUUCCAUGAUUCUGCUAGCUAAUGUUUUAACUGCCAUGGAUGUAAUUAGAUUUCAGUUUGUGUGUUAGCUUUAACAAGCUGGACUCUCUAAUCAUUAAAAACCAUUCCAAUCUGGCUAACAAUUCUUUUUAAAUUUAGCACCUCUCACUAUAAAACAUCUUAAGUUUCUGGAAACACUUGAUCUGAUAAUACAGGUUUUGUAACACAGAGGCUGAAAUUAGUCAAAGUAAUGUGCUGUGUUUGUGCCUCCCUAUAGUCUUAAGCUGCUGUUGUCAAAGACAUGAGAGGAAACCUACAGAAAUGCAAAGCUUAUUCUGCGUUCUCAUUAAUUUAUUUUACAGGAUACUAGGUAGCAUAUUCAGCAUUCAGUUAGAUAAUACAGCUUUUUUUGGUCAUGAAGUUGUUAAAAAGCUCGUGUGCUUUUCUUACUGACACUUCACUUCGUCCUUUUUUUUUUAUUAUUUCCUUUUUUCCGGUUAAACUUCUUGCACCCUUACUGCCCAGCCAAGAAAUGUGCUUUUCCCUUCAGUUUACAGGAAAAUUUCGGUGACAGAAGUACUUUUUCCAUGAAUUAGUGUGAUUGUGCAACCCUUUAUGGUCCAAAUAAUAUUUAGAUAAAGCACUGUAUAUUCUCUCUGCUUUUGCCAAAAAUUAAAAAAAAAAAAAAAAAAAUACCUCAAAAACCCAAACCAGAAGAUCCAUUUCUAUCCUAUUUCAGCUCAUGGUGUUACCCUGAGGCUGUUUUAACCAGUAAUUAUUUUGACCAUUGAUUGAAUGUGUAUCCAUUAUAGGACAAAAAAAGCUGUCAUUAAAAAAAAUUAUGUAGACAAAUGUAUUGACAUUUCACUUUGUUUUGGGCAGAUCUUCUGUGAGAAAGCUGUAUGUCUUUUUUCUUUUUUAACUGAAAUGUUUUGAUUUGUUUUUCCAAAUAUACAUGUGUGUUUUAUUUUGCUUAAUUUAAAUGAAGUCUCGUUUUUAAUUUUAUUUGCUUUAUUUUUUGGGCAAAGGGCAUCUGGUAAACUGGGUGAAAUUCUCUCAAGGUUAAGCAGAUUUCCCCAAGGUGUGUCUUUUUUUUAACAAAAGCUUAAAUCUGUAUAUGAAUUGAUUUUAGGAAUUAAUUUAGAAGUAUAGGCUGCCAUUUGUGACAGCAGUAUAUUCUGAAAUGUCUCAUAGAUAUCUAUUUUUGAAUAAAGAGGGUGUCGUUGAA